GCUGCGCGCGCCCGGAAGCGCGUGGCCGGUGUGGCUUGCUGAGGAGGGAGCAGGGUCUUCAGUUGCGCGCGAGUGUGAUUCCUGGCCAGCCAUGGCUGGGUCGGUGCAGGGGCCGGUAGGGAGGCUGCGGCACCUGUGCCUCCGCUAUCAAGAGUACGUGAUGCGGCAUCCGGCGGCCACUGCCCAGUUGGAGAGCACCGUGCGCGGCCUCUCCUACCUGCUGCCAGGUCGGUUCUCUGAUUCUCAUGAACUUUCUGAGCUUGUGUAUUCUGCCUCCAAUUUGCUAGUGUUGCUGAAUGAUUGGAUCCUUCGGAAGGAGUUACAUCAGUCCCUUCCUGUGUCGCUUCCUCAGCAGAAGCUGCUGACAUGGCUGAGCGUCCUCGAGUGCAUGGAGGUCUUUGCCGAAAUGGGGGCUGCCAAAGUGUGGGGUGAGACUGGCCGAUGGGCCGUCAUUGUCCUCAUCCAACUUGUCAAAGCCAUUCUGCGCCUCCUGCUGUUGCUCUGGUACAAAGCUGGCAUCCAGACAUCUCCUCCCAUUGUGCCACUGGACAGGAGACAGUCCUUGCAGCAGGCAGAGACAGAGAGCAAUGCAACAGGCAAGGAGCAGAUAUAUGUGGGGAAGCGUUCCAGCCGUGUCAUGAGGUGCCUCGAAAGCACCCCAUCCCUGCACUCCAGGCACUGGGGAGCACCUCAGCAACGGGAGGAGAAGCAGAACCAGAGGGCCAUGGAGAUGGACCAGCCUCCAACCCCUUUGGGCAUCCAGGAAACCAUUGCGGAAUCUAUCUACGUGACCCGGCCACUGCUGCACUUACUAAGUUUAGGACUGUGGGGACAGAGAUCUUGGAAACCCUGGCUCCUGUCAGGAUUCUUGGAUAUCACAAGCUUGAGCUUACUGAACGACAUGAAAGAACUGAACAAGCGUGAGCGCUUGGAGCUGAGGCGCCGGACUAUCUUGCUGCUGUACUACCUGCUGAGAUCUCCAUUCUAUGACAGAUACUCUGAGGGCCGGAUCCUGUUUCUGUUGCGCCUGCUGGCAGAUUAUGUCCCUGGAGUUGGCUUAGUCACACGACCGCUGAUGGAUUACCUGCCAGCCUGGCAGAAGAUUUAUUUCUACAACUGGGGUUGAUACAUGUGGAGGCUGGAACUGGGGUGGCUCAGGUUGAGAGCCUUUAUGCAGAGGGAGCCAGCUAUGGGACCUACAAAUUAAAUCAUGUCUUUUUGCAUCUUAUGCCAAUAUUACAGAAAUUCCUGUACAGGGAAGAGGAAGGGCUUAUCUAAUCUCUAUCCCUUUCUCUCUAAAGUAUCUUCUUGUGAACUGUGAACUCCACACAGUGUGGGACUUAAAGAAUCUAUGCUACUCCCCUUUCCAUGCUGAUGUAACUUGUUUCAGAGCUGGUGAGGGGACCCUUUUUGUAUGCAUUUUGUAUGGCCGCAAGUUAAUAAAGCCAGGGAGUCGGCAGUGCUUUUGGGCUAA